AUGGGUCGAUCUGUACCGAAUACCGCUCAGAAUUUCGUAUCGAGCGUGAUUAUCCCUUUCUCCACACUGUUGUUGCUGCCGGCUUCUAUAUGGGCUGUAGCGAUCUGUAUUGCCCAAGAUAAGCUGUUCUCUUGGUCUGAUACACGUCGGAUAGGCGCAAGCCCUCAGCCUCUCAAGACUAAGGGAUGUGUGAUUAUUAGCGGUGGACGCAUGUCGAAAGGCUUAACGCUUGCUCGGGCGUUCAAAAGAGCUGGAUGGAAAGUUAUCGGUGUCGAAGAAGAAGGCUGGGGGGAAUACUGCCCUAUGCGAUAUUCGGCAGCCAUUGAUCGAUUCUACAUACUUCCGCCAGCCUCCAACUCUUACAGUCGUUAUUCCAAAAAGCUACUUUCUAUCGCCCAGCUGCAUUCUGCCACCUUAUUCAUCCCUGUAUCCGGAGCUGGAUCUUCAGUGGAAGAUGCACGAGCAGCGGAGGAGAUGUCCAUUGCCACAGAAGGGAGAUGUCAGACUUUUAUACAAGACCCGGAAACGAUGUUAGAUCUACACGACAAAGAUAGAUUUAUGGGUUUAGUUGAAAAAUUAGGUCUGAAGGUCCCUUCCGGGCAGAUGGUCAGCAGUGUCGAGGAAGCCAUGAUCUUUCUGAAAGAGCAUCAAGGAGCGCCCAAGUAUAUACUCAAAUGUAUGGGUUUAGACGAGAAUAGGGGCGACAUGACACUAUAUCCACUCAAGGUUGAUGAUGCUGAGUUGACGGAAACCAAAACUGCUUUGGAGAAUCUCAAACUCAGCAUCUCCAAUGGCUGUCCCUACGUAUUCCAAGAAUUCAUCCCGGGUCAAGAAUGGUGCACCCACGCUUCUGUUAUCGAUGGUCAUAUCACAUCGUUCGUUACUUGCCCGUCCAAUGAUAUGCUCAUGACCUAUGAGAAUGCCACCGCAGAGGACAUAGGAAGAAGGGCUGAAACAUGGACAAAAUCGUUUUUGCAACGAUUGAAAGAAGAUCCAACGCCAACUGGAAAGCUACGACGACUGAAUGGACACUUUUCGUUCGACUUUAUACUUUCUACGAAGAAUGAGGAGCUGUAUCCGCUGGAGUGCAAUGCCAGAAUCCACACUGCAGUCAUCUUGCUCCCCCUCUCCGAGAUUGCGCAGUGUUAUGAUGCGGAAACCGUCAAGGCCAACAUCAUUCUGCGACCACCUGCAAACACCGCUCCGCGGUCUUGGUUGUACAACGACCUGAUUAUGCUAUAUCUGCCCUUGAUCAUCAGAUCCCCCACUAAUUUGGCAAAAUUGCAUCCGUCGUUACCAGCCUGUUCUUCCUCACAUCAAUCCUCUGGACUUAGACGGCCUGACGAGAACCCUUUCAAAUGGCGGAAAGAUCCUACUUUAGUUGCCGAUGAUUGGGUCCCUUUCCUUGUCCUAUGGCAUGUAUACUGGCCGAUGUUGCUCCUUUCCAGAUGGUGGAAAGGUAAGAAGUGGACUAGGCUGAAUGUCAGCACAGGUCGGAUUUUCGAAGCAUAG